AUGUCGGAGGCUAAGAAGGAGAAUAAAAAAGCGGUGUCUCCGGCGUAUUCGCUAGGAGCUGGUGCUAUUGCGGGGGCGAUUGAAGCUACCAUAACUUACCCAACUGAAUUCGUGAAAACACAGCUGCAAUUACAGAGUAAAGCUGUCGGCGGGAAACAUUACACGGGCCCAAUAGACUGUGCUGUACAGAUCGUCAAGGAGAAGGGAAUCACAGGUCUAUAUCGUGGAUUAAGUGCGUUGGUUAUUGGGACUGCUGCUAAGGCCGGUGUCCGUUUCUAUGCCUACGAGUCAUUCAAGCAAAUGCUGGCUGACAAGGAUGGUAAACUAUCGUCACAAGGAAUCCUACUGGCUGGUCUUGGAGCUGGUAUCACUGAAGCUAUACUUAUCGUUACUCCCACUGAAACAAUAAAAACAAAACUUAUUGACGAUGCAAACAGGCAAACACCAAAGUAUCGUGGCCUAGUCCACGGAAUCCGCACAAUAGUAGCAGAAGAGGGCAUUGGUGGCAUCUACAGAGGUGUCACAUCCGUAAUCCUUCGACAGUCUGCAAACCAAGCAGUGCGUCUCUCAGUAUACGGUGUCCUCAAGGAAGCUGUGCAGGAUCGAUACCCAGUAGAUGCCAAAACGGGCAAGAAUCUAGUACCGUGGUAUACGACGUUCGGCAUGGGCGCUAUUGCUGGGACGAUUACAGUGUAUACUACGAUGCCUUUGGACGUCAUGAAGACUAGAAUGCAAGGACUGGAUGCUAAACGAUUAUACAAGAACUCGUUGCAUUGUAUGUAUCGGGUUGUUGUUGAUGAUGGGUUUUUCGCACUGUGGAAGGGUGCUGUGCCACGGUUGGGACGUUUGGUGUUAUCUGGUGGAAUUAUCUUCUCUGUUUACGAAGUGACUUUGAAUAUGCUCUUAAAUGCUAUUCCUCCAUCAUAA